AUGGCUUCGUAUCUAAAAUACGUGAUACCCUUUAUAUUUUCUAUCAUUUUCAACUUCUGUGCCAUUAGAGCACAGGGCCUUUCUUAUCAGUACCAAGUUUGUUCAACAAACAAAUUCAUUCCCAAUAGCACCUUCCAAAGCCACCUCACAACCCUCUUCUCUUCCUUAACUUCUGAAGCCUCCAACAAUGUCCAAUUCUUCAACAACACCAUCACGGGGACAAACUCUUCCUACACAGUCUACGGAUUAUUCAUGUGCAGGGGUGACAUCCCCUCCGACAUGUGUAAUCACUGUGUCGGAAACGGAACACAGAGACUAUCCGCAGACUGCGCCUUGUCCAGAGCAGCAGUGGUGUAUUACGAUGAGUGCAUAGUUAGGUAUUCCAACCGUUCUUUCUUCUCCACCCUAACCAUGCAAGCUGGUUAUGCCCUUUGGAACCCCACCAAUAUGACCAACCAAGAAAGCUUCAAGAUUUUACUGUAUGACACCAUGAACAAAACUGCGGAUGAAGCAGCCCAUUUUCCUACUGGUUCUAAAAAGUUCGCCACAAGGGAAACAAGCAUAGACAUAUUUCAGAAGCUCUAUUGUCUUACUCAGUGCACACAAGACCUGUCUCCCGGCGAUUGCAGAAGCUGUCUGGAUAGCUUGAUAAACUUGGAUCUUCCGGACUGCUGUGCAGGAUCCCAGGGAGGAAGAGUUUAUUACCCGAACUGCAUCAUCAGGUUCGAAAUUUACCCUUUUUUUCGAUCCCUUUCAACGGCACCAACACCAUCACCGGCAGGACUCGUUCCUCCGGCCAAUUCAGGAGUUGGGGAAGAAAGUUCCACUCUAGAAGGAUUGCAAUUUGCUUUGGCCACCAUUCAAGUAGCAACAAAUAAUUUUUCCCUUGAGAACAAGAUUGGAAAAGGUGGAUUCGGAGAGGUUUAUAAGGGUAUUCUUAUUGAUGGACGACAUAUAGCUGUUAAAAGACUUUCAACAAGUUCUAGACAAGGUUCAGUCGAGUUUAAAAAUGAAAUUUUAUUGAUAGCCAAACUCCAACAUAAAAAUCUUGUAGCGUUGGUAGGAUUUUGUUUGGAAGAAGAAGAGAAAAUCCUUAUUUACGAGCAUGUAUCAAAAGGUGGUCUGGACUACUUUUUAUUUGGAAAUCCAGAAGAGAAGUUAAGUUGGUAUCAACGCUAUAAUAUUAUCAAAGGAACUGCUCUUGGAAUUCUUUAUUUACAUGACUAUUCUCGACUCAAAAUUAUUCACCGUGAUCUUAAACCAAGUAAUAUUUUAUUAGAUGAAAAUAUGAAUCCUAAAAUUUCAGAUUUUGGAUUGGCUAGAAUUAUAGACAUAGAGCAAAAUCGCGUGGAAACUAAUCGAAUAGUUGGAACAUAGUAAGUUUUGAAUUCUAACUCAUUAAUUUUUUUUUCAGUCUUUUACGUGAUACGAUUUGACUAUAUUUUUUUACAGUGGUUAUAUGUCACCUGAAUAUGCAAUGUU